CUAAAGGGGCGGGGCUGCAGCUCCCAGCGCAGAAGGAGGCCGGCGGCGAGCGCGGAGGGGCCUGGACUACAUCUCCCGCCAUCCCCCGCGCGGGGAGUUUUUGGGGGUCCCCAUGGAGGCCCCCGCGGCGGCCACCUUCACCCUGGCCUACCUGGUGCUGACCUUCUGUUUCGUCUUCCCGCCCACCGAGUUCCACCUGGCCGGCCUGACGGUGCAGAACCUGCUGGGCCGCUGGCUGGGCAGCGAGGACGCGGCCUUCGUGCAGUACCACCUGCGGAGGGGCUCCGGCACCCUCCUGGCCCACGCCGCCCUGCCCCUGGGCUACUACCUGGGCAUGUGCUUCGCGGCACCCGAAAAGCAGCUCUGCAACAUCUCCCAGGCGCACAUUCUGUGGCAAACCUUCUUCGCCGGGGCCCUUCUCCUCCUGGUCCUCGCGGGCACCUUCACCUACUACUGGUCCCGGGAAGGCUGGUCCCACCACCCGCUGGUCCAGCUCCUCUCCACCUUCGCUCUGCCGCCCCACGCCGGCUGGUGGACCGUGGCCUCCGCCAUCAACACCGAAUUCCGGAGGAUCGACAAGUUUGCCACGGGGCCGCCGGGGGCCCGACUGAUUGUGACCGACAGCUGGAUUAUCAAAGUGACCACCUACUCCUUCCAUGUGGCUGAACAGCGGGAUGUCCAGCUGACCGUCAUAGACUCGAGGCAGCAGGACCUCUUGCCGGAUGCCAGCAUGCCUGCUCAGUUCCUCACCAUCCGUGUGGCCAGUGCCAAUCCUCACGUCAAAACCUUCGACAUCCGGCUCAACUCGUCAGAAUACGGGGAACUGCAGGACAAGCUCCACACCCCCAUCCGGAAUGUGGCCAACGUGGUCAUCCAUCAGAGCCUGAGCGACCUCUUUCUGGAGACCUUCAGCUCCCUGGUGGAGAGGAACCCGCCUUACCUGGUUCCCAGCAACCAGGAGUUGGACCUCUGCAUCGGCUGCAUGCAGUCCCCGGCCAACAUCAAACUAUUGAAGAACUGCCAGGAGCUGCACGAUGGCGAAUGCCAGCCGUGUUUCUGCUACCCCAUGUGGUGCCUGCUCUGCAUGGGCAAAUGGUUCGCCAGCCAACAGGACCAGCAGCACCCGGAGACCUGGCUCUCCAGCCACGUGCCUUGCCCCACCUGCCGAGCCAGAUUCUGCAUUUUGGACGUCUGCUCGGUGCAGUGACGGACGCCGCGGCGAGACGGAGGAGAGGAAUAUGCAAUUGACUGUGGCAUUCGUGGUCUUAUCGUUCCCGGGUAUUUCUUUGCAGGAUGAAUAUUUCCAUAAUGCCCCCCCUUUGAUGCCUUUGCAAAUUCCAUUCUGCUCAGAGCUCGUCCCCUUUAAAAUGGGUGGACUUCAACUCCCAGAAUUCAGUUGGAAGUCCUUCCGUCUUAAAGGGGCCGAGCUUGAGAAACACUACUCUAGAAUGCCGGUUGCAGCCAGUAACUAAAACUAAGAAAGGGAUUUUUUUUUUCUUCGCCUCCUAAAUCGGGACUGGAUUUGGUGAAUUGUUCCACACUCCGCCUUAGUCCACAAUUCCCAUUUUUUUCCCCAAACUUUACAAUCCCGGAAAGAGGAACGAUGGCGACAGACUCUUUGCAACAGAUUUUCUCGUUAGCAAAGAUCCUCCUCGGAUUCAGACCAAGUCUGCAAAUCCUCUCGUAGCGGCAUUAAAAGUCCAACCUCUCUUCCGUAUGGAGAUAUUUAUAUAUAUAUAUAUAUAUGUAGGAUGAUAAUCUAAAUUAUUGCAGUGUUUCCGAAGAGUUUUUUUCGGGAAAGGAAACCGAUUAAUGGCCUGGGAACUUGUGGGAUUAAAAAUAGCUUCCCCCCUGCCCUGCCCCCCUCCCCCCGGGAGCUUAGAAUCCUGUGUUCGAAGUCUUGCUGCACCAAAAUUAAUAAUUUGGGAUGAUACCCUGUUGUGUUUUUGGGAAAGGCUGAACUUUGGGUGAAAAAAAGGAGGUUGACAUACUUGAAAUUUGUCUUUUUCUCACAGUUUCCUAACUCGGAUUCACCAAGUGUAUUAUUCCAUCGGGAGACUUUGCAAAGGGCAAAUGGAAGUGAAAUUAUUAGUACAUAUAAUACGAAUCAACAAUGGUUCGUCAGCAAGAUGACUUUAAGUUGGAGUUUGAGUUUUUAAUUUUUUCUAUUCGUCUUUCGGUCGAGAUUGGCGGGUCUGAAAUCUCAGGAACUUGAAACUAGGUGGACUUCAACUCCCAGAAUGCCCCAGCCAGCAUGCUUUAAGUCUGGGAGUUGUAGUCCACCCUUCUUCAAGUGCCACGUUUGAGAAAAAACAUCCUAUUAUCUCAAACGAAGGAAAUGCCCCUUCUUAGGUGCCAGCCCCCCCCAGUUCCCCCCCCGCAGUCUCCUCCACAAACAUCCCUAUAACGUCAAAUUAAUUCAUUUUCUUUAAAUCUUUUAAAUAAUCCAUUCAGUUCCUCUGUCAGAUUUCCCCCCCCACAAAAAUUUCUUGAAGUUACCGAUGGUCUGGAGGAGCCACGCCGACAAAAAGAUGCUUUUGGUUUCGCAAACGUAGCCGGUUACGUGAAAACGGGGUACAAACUGCACCUUAUCUUACACACCUAGGUUUCCCCAAGGUGUGUAGACUUUAAUUCCCAGAAUUCCCCAGGCUGUAAAACCGCUGCUGAGAAUUCUGGCUAAAUCUAGAAGUCCUAAAGCAUUUCCACCCCCCCCACCCAACUGCUCUUCCUGGUUUACACAGUAGAAAAGAGAAGAUAAAUUUUUAAUUGUAAUAGUAACAUGAGCAUAUUAAAAUUAAAAAUUAAUAAUUCCAGUUGAGAAAUUUUUGGAAAGUAUUAUCCAGUAUUAUAUUUACGAGCCAAAGGGCCGGAAUGAAUCCUGUUUUAUUUUGCAGAAUAAAAUUUUUGUUACUUUGUGAGUUCAUACAA